ACGCGAAAGCUGGUUUAUACGCAGUUAUUGUGGCAAUGCAUUUGUUGUAAUUAAAGUGUAAAUUUAAUUGUGUUUAAUUUUUUAUAAAAAUUCAAAUUCUAUAUAUCCAACUGCUUUGAUCUGAUCAUUUCAAAUAAAUGGAACCCAAAGCCCUUGCAGUUGGAAAAUUACAACAACAACAACAAAUGAUGGAGCAACUUGAAGAGGACAAAGAUGGUGUUGAGCUUGAGCACUUGCUUUUAUACAACCAAGAAGGUGAGCAGCAUGGCGAUAAUUUUGAUGCUGAUAAUGAAGUUGGCGAUAAAAACUAUACAAAAAAGGAUAAAGAUGGAUUCCGUCUUGGAAAAGCCGCAGCCCCAGUGCAACGCUCGAAGUCUUUCAACGAAAUGUCACAAUACGACAAUGCAACAUCGCACCAAACAGUGGACGGUCAAAAAGCAGCAGUCAACGGCCAAGGGCAGGCUGGCGAACAAAUGGAGGCGACACCACCGUCAUCAGUGAAUGCAACAGCAGCUGACAACUCCAUAGAAAUUGGAGUUGCGGGUGGCGGAGGUCCGCAAGCAAACGGCGCAGAUCACGGCCAUCAUGAUUACAAAGGUCCCAAGAUCUGGCGCAUUAUCGUCAAACACUGGCCCUUCAUCUCGCAACCGCUGGCGCUGGUGGCCAUCGCCGUCGGCUUAUGGGUGAUCGCCUAUGUUCUGCUGCCCGAUUAUGCGCUGCCAAAUACGCCGAUCAUGCGCAUUUGCUUCCUGUUUGUGGGCGCACAGCUGUCUGGUGUGCUGGUGACCUUCCUACGCCUGCCGGACAUGUUAGGCAUGCUGUUCUUUGGUGUGAUCUACACCAAUGUGGGUUUGGCUGAUUUCACGGGUUAUGAUAAAUUUGAGGCAUUUUUGCGUGAGAUGGCGCUCAUAAAUAUUAUGCUCUUAGCCGGUUUGGGGCUCGACGCAAAUGCCUUCAAGAAGCUGUGGCUUAUGAUUUUGCGGCUCACACUCGUGCCAACGAUCGCUGAGGUGGCAAUUAUUACAGUGAUCGCUAGAUUCACUUUGGGUAUGCCAUGGUUUUGGGGUAUACUUUUGGGCUGGCGCAUUAUCGUCAAACACUGGCCCUUCAUCUCGCAACCGCUGGCGCUGGUGGCCAUCGCCGUCGGCUUAUGGGUGAUCGCCUAUGUUCUGCUGCCCGAUUAUGCGCUGCCAAAUACGCCGAUCAUGCGCAUUUGCUUCCUGUUUGUGGGCGCACAGCUGUCUGGUGUGCUGGUGACCUUCCUACGCCUGCCGGACAUGUUAGGCAUGCUGUUCUUUGGUGUGAUCUACACCAAUGUGGGUUUGGCUGAUUUCACGGGUUAUGAUAAAUUUGAGGCAUUUUUGCGUGAGAUGGCGCUCAUAAAUAUUAUGCUCUUAGCCGGUUUGGGGCUCGACGCAAAUGCCUUCAAGAAGCUGUGGCUUAUGAUUUUGCGGCUCACACUCGUGCCAACGAUCGCUGAGGUGGCAAUUAUUACAGUGAUCGCUAGAUUCACUUUGGGUAUGCCAUGGUUUUGGGGUAUACUUUUGGGGCUUGUCAUCACCGCAGUCUCUCCGAACGUGGUCGUCACCGUCAUGCUGAAGCUGCGCGAGGAACGGCUGGGCCUGAAUAGCGGCAUACACACAUUAAUAUACGCCAUGACCAGCUGCAAUGACGUCGUUGCGAUUUUUCUCUUCGGCGUCUUUAUGAGCGUCAUCUUUUCCACGGAUAAAUCGUUGACGGAGCAGAUACUGCAGGGACCCAUUGGCAUUGGUAUUGGCAUUGUAUUUGGAUAUGUUUAUGGAUUGAUGCUGACCAUUUUGCCCUCCACAAAGACGCCCUACCUAAACGGAUUGCGUUUUGUUUUGACCAUCUUGGGUGGCACGAUAUCCGUGAUGGGCAGUCGAGCCAUUGGUUAUCCCUCAGCUGGUGCACUUGGCUGCAUGACGAUCGCAUUUUUUGCCGGCCUCGGCUGGAAACGCCAACAGCGGCAGUGGACUGCGCAACAACGUCAACGUCAGUUGGAGAAUGAAAAUGCGACGGUGCCGGCGCGUCUUGACCUAUUGUGGAAAUUUCUGAAGCCUGUCUCCUUCUCGCUCAUCGGCAAAGAAAUUAAUUUCGCCGUAUUGGAUGGCCGUGUCGUCGGCUACGGUGCACUGCUGGUGCUGCUCGGAAGUUUGUUCCGUUUGGGUUUCGCCUACUUGUCCACCUAUGGCGGCGAUCUGACGCGCAAGGAACGCGCCUAUAUUACAAUUUCCGGUUUUUCCAAAGCAACUGUCCAAGCCGCGCUGGGUCCGCUCGCCUUGGAUAUGGCCAGAUCAUUAAAACCGCUCGAUGAGCAGAGCGUCGCUUUGGCCAACAAUGUGCUUAUCAUUUCGGUGUUAGCCAUCAUUUUCACCGCGCCACUGGGAGCAGUGCUCAUGUUAAGAUUAGCGCCGCUUUGGUUACAGCAUAGCGAUGUCAGUGGUGGCGGCGGCGGCGACGGCAGUAGCAACAACAACGAUGGUAACGUGAACGAAAAAGAGUACAAAAAGAAGCGCCUUAGCAAUGGCAGCAUCCUCGGUGAUACGCUGAAUUUCACGCCGCCAGUCGCGAGGAGUCUGAAAACAUCGCGCAUUAAAAUCCAGCAGUACAGCAGUAGCAACAGCCUCAAUACUAUGGCAGCGGUGGAUGAGCUCGGCGCUGUUGGUAAGGAGGCGCGCGUUGAUGUGGAUGCCACCUCCGCGGCGCGUACACCAUUGCCGCAGGCCAGGGCGAAGGCGCCACACCACUUGGUCUGAAUCCAAUUAACAAUGCGGAUAAGUUGGCGCCUCACACAGCCCGGCUGUCCGACGGUCAACAGUUGUGUGUUUGUUUGAUGUUGUGGCAUUGUGGCGUUAUCUUUAGCGGAGAUUUGCGCGUGUGUUUGUGCGUGGGCGGCAUUUAAACACAAAAUUAUAUGCGUAGGAACACUUUUAAAGUGAAAAAAUGUUAGCUCGUAAGUUUAAAAUAUUCCUUUUGUUGCAUAUAAUAUUUAAUGGUUUGAUAUUAAUACUUAAAGUGACUUAACGAUUACUUAAUGUGAUGUUUUAGCUAAUUUUUCUCAUUCGGUUUUUAGUUAUAAAUAUAUAGUGUAAAAACUCAAAUUAUAAAUAAAACCAAUACUUUUUACAAAUGUA